CCUUGCCGUUUUUCCUGGCGGCUGACAUGAUUUUUUUUCUCUGGGAACUUCGCGGCUCAUUCCCAUCCGGUAGGUCCAAGGGGUGCCUGGGAUCUGAUCUGAUCUGACCUGCUCGACACUCUCUCGCUGCUUUCUCAAACCCAGUCCAAUCGUUUACCCGCCUCGCUGGAACUUCGGUCGCGGAGGUGGUUUUCACCUCCUGGUGUAUAGGUAUAUCUAAAGCCUUUGUUGCCCCCUUUGGUCUUCCCACAUUGGCAAAGAUCAAGACGCCUCUUCCAAGAAACCAGGAGGACUUAAUUGUCUCGAGACGCCGACAGAGGCAAGCCAGCCAUGCCUCAACAACAGACCGCCAACGGCCCAGGCAAGCCUCACCCUGCUAAGCCCACAAACAAAGUCGGCUCGAAGCCCAUACCACCAUUCGAUAUCGACAACUACCUCAAUCCUUUCAUCCCGCGUAACCCCCUGCGAUUCUUGCCUUCCUGGGUCUCAUACUGGUUCGGCUACCGCUCUCCAUCAUCCACAGUUGCACAUCACCCCUGCCUCUGCUUCCUCCCCGCUUCAUACCUCGAGUACUUCCAUCCGUCGGAGUGGUUCUACACCUACCACCUCCACACCUUCUUCCUCUACCUCUCGAUCUUGGUCGGCGCGUUCUGCGGCGUCGCCAUCAUCGAAAAUGUCUUCCUCGCGCUCCCCCAGCUGUCGGGCCACACCGUCCCCAUUGUCAUAGCGUCGUUCGGCGCGGCGGCGAUCCUGGAGUACAACACCAUCGAAUCGCCGCUGGCUCAGCCUCGGAACCUGGUGUUCGGCCACUUUCUGUCCGCCAUCGUUGGCGUGGGCAUCACCAAGCUGUUUCUGUUGCUGCCGCCCGACCGGUUUGAGGAUCUGAGGUGGCUCGCGGGCGCGCUCUCGGUCGGGUGCGCGUCCAUCGCCAUGAGCUUCACAAAGACCAUCCACCCGCCCGCCGGCGCCACGGCGCUGCUGGCCGCGACGAACGUGGAGAUCCAAGACCUGGGAUGGUGGCUACUGCCCCUUGUCCUGCUGGCGGCCAUGCUGAUGCUGGCCAGCGCGCUGGUGGUGAACAACUUCUCUGGCCGGCGCUACCCGGUGUACUGGUGGACGCCGGUGGACCUGAAGCACCUCCGGGAGGAGAGGCGGAAGGCGCGGUUGGCCCGGAAGUUGCUGGAGACCGGGGAGGUCGAAGGGGAUGUCGAGAAGGGCGCCGAGUUCGUGCCGUCGGCGGAGGACCUUUCGGACACCACCACCGAGACGGGCGGCGCCGACAGCGACAUUGCUGGCACCGACGCCACAUCCCCCGAAAUAACCAGGAGCAUCAGCCGCGCGGUGACCUUCUCCUCGGCCGACCGUGUCCCGCACCCGAUCGAGGUGGAGAAAAAACGAACCAAGUCAUCGAGCAAGAAGUCCCGCCGCGAGCAGGAGCUCGGCGAGGAGGUUGUCGAAGGCGCAAGCAUCCUGAUCUCGCCCACCCGCAUGAUCGUGCCCGAGUGGCUCGACCUGAGCGACUGGGAGGACGAAGUCCUCCGUAUCCUGAUGGUGCGGAUGAAGGAGCACUCGUCUUCUUCCUGACACCGGGAUUGAAUUGAAUUGCUCAAGCCGAGAAGAACUGACAAACAUGAUUCUGGUGAAAAACCAUGAGUGGGUCUGAUGGUCGUUAUCGUGUGGAUUGUACUUGUACGAGGGCUGGGCUGCCCACAAGGAGAGCAGUCUUUUGAUACCCCCCCGGUGUUUUGCAACUUUGCAUUCAUAGCCAGGCGCCUGUAUUUUUGUUAGUAUAGCAUUGCAUGGCAUGGCAUGGUAUGAUCUGGGCUUGAACUUGAGCGUGAGCAUAUUAAGCGGGACGAACAGAGAGAGAAAACUAAAAGGGAUGGACACAUCCAGACUGUCCCCCGGGUGGGAGGGCACAUUCGGGAGAGACAGAAGUUAUACAGUACAUAUAGCCAUACCCAAGCAUAUUAGGAUAGAGCUCUAAUAUGGAAGUACGAGCCGAG